AUGGCUUUCAUUACCGACUUGCCUCGAGAGCUCAUCGGCGCAAUCGUGGCCGAGGUCAGCACACUUCAGGACCUCGACAACCUGAUGAGAGCUUCGCGUUGCUUCCUCCAAGCCGUCCAUGCGUGGCCAGCCAUACCCCACAUAGUUCUGCGCCGCCAACUCCUCAUGGAAGUCCCUUCGGGCCUCAUGGCCUACGCGAUAGCUAUCAUUGAAGCCGGCAAUUUGCCUCGCCCACGAUCGUCCAAGCAUGCGGGCAGGGCCAUGUCGAGGGUCCUUUAUCAAGUGGCCCACGACCCUGCUCACAGCUUAGACCUGGUCCCAACUAUCUGUUUCGACUCUCUUAUCAAAAUAAGGGACAAACACAAGACUAUUCUGAGUUUGGCAAACGCAAUGGCACAAGAUGCUUGGAAAAUGCUCCGAGACGUGGAUGGAGUGGUUUCAGGAAACUUGGUUCUAUCGGGACGAGAGCAACAUCGAAUCACCAAAGCUAUCUACGAAACGGAACUACUUUCGACGGUUUUUGGCGACGAGAGCUGGGAAACAGCAGACUUGGACGUCUUUUACGGUGCAGACGGAGAUAUUUAUCUCGCAUCUAAGGCCCCUUGGGAAAUCGAGGCCAUUGGCUGCGUCUUGGACUUCUUUGAGAAGAGACUGUUUGAGGUUGCGCUUGACGUCUUCACUCACGAUGUUGAAUUUGGCUGGUCCAGUUUUGAUUACGUACGUCGGGGAAGCGAUAACGGAGACACGAUGAUGUUGGUCUCAGGUGGUGUGAACUUUGUUCACCAGCUAUUUCAGGAACCUUCUUACCAAAAAAAGCGCGACAUGCUUUGGACCAAGCACAAUGACUCAGAUGCAGUGCUAAUUAGUAUCAUGCUUGCGGAGUUCUCCCGCUCCCCCCUCCGACAACCCAGUUCACAGCAGCUGGCGAUCUGGUACAGAGAGGAAUACCCGCAGGCUGGAGAGGAUCUUGACGACAAAGGCCCUCAAAUGGCCUUUGAUCAGACUCUGCUGGGGCAGCCUCCAUUCUUUCACCCAAUCUACGCAGGACAGAGGGAGAGGGGCUAUGUCUUUUGGGACGCCAACCGCCUCAUGGCAAACAAUCACAAACUCCUCAACCUCGUCAAGAGAACCCUGCCUACCACCAAUCAGACCUGCCACCUGACUUCGCGCGGUAUGGUUUAUCAGGAUAAUACAGCAGCUCGUCUCUUGGCGAUGGAAGCGAGCUGGGACGAGCGCGCCGCCAUUUACGAGGAAGGCGGCAGAGGCUACUUGAAAGAUGGGGACUAUAACGGAAUCCAGUGGACAGGAGAAAAGAUGAAGAACUCGUAUGGAGAGCAAGACGAAACCAGCGACGAAGAUAGCGAUGAUGAGGAGUAG